UCAGACAAAAGAUAACAGGCUCGGCCAGUCUGACCUGACAGACUCACAGUGACUCUGUGAACAACUUCUUCACUGAAACUCGUGUGUAAAGACACCAAUAAUUUAACAACUUUGUACUGUUUGCUAAUAAGGACCCGUCAGCGAUGACAACAGCCGGACAGGUGAUAACGUGCAAAGCAGCCAUCGCAUGGGAGCCUGGGAAGCCUCUGAGCAUCGAGGAUGUGGAGGUGGCCCCGCCGAAGACUCAUGAAGUCCGCAUCAAGGUUGUCACCACAGGUGUGUGCCAAACGGACAAUGAAUACCUGUAUGAGACGGAGCAGAGGAUGAAGUUCAGACCGUUCCCACUGAUUCUUGGCCAUGAAGGAGCAGGGAUAGUGGAGAGCGUCGGCCCAGACGUCACCAAAUUCUCACCGGGUGAUAAAGUUAUUCCUCUCUUUCUGCCCCAGUGUGAGGAAUGUGAACGAUGCCGGAGUCCAAAGACGAAUCAGUGCAGGAGGAACUGGGCAAAUACACAAAUGGGUGUGUUGGCUGAUGGCACCAGCAGGAUAUCCUGCAGGGGCCAGCAGGUGUACCAGUUCCUGGGCGUCAGUUCUUUCUCCCAGUACACCGUGCUUCCCGACACCUCGAUCGCAAAGAUCAGUCCUGAUGCGCCGCUGGACAAAGUGUUUCUACUCGGCUGCGGCGUCUCCACUGGUUAUGGUGCCGCGAUUAAAACAGGCAAGGUGGAAAAAGACUUUAAGUGUGCCGUGUUCGGGCUCGGAGCUGUGGGACUGGCUGCCGUCAUGGGCUGUAAGGCUGCUGAGGCGAAGACGAUCAUCGGGGUUGAUGUCAACCCUGCCAGGUUCGACACAGCCAGGUUGUUAGGAGCCACUCAGUGUGUCAACCCCAAUGACUACAAGAAGCCCAUCCAGGACGUUAUCACGGAGCUGUCAAAGGGAGGAGUGGACUUGGCUCUGGAGUGUGUCGGGAGUCCAGCUGUCAUGACCGCAGCGCUUGAGUCUACAAUCGAUGCCUGGGGCGUCUGCGUGAUCGCCGGGUGGACGGAGACAGAAUCAAUGAACGUCGUGGUUGAAAAGAUCCUGAUGGGACGCACCUUGAUGGGGACUUAUUUUGGAGGUUGGAGUGUGCAGGAUGUGCCGAACCUGGUGGACGCCUACAUGAACAACAAACUGAAGCUGAACGAGUUCAUCACCCACAGCCUCCCGCUGGAUCAGAUCAAUCAGGCCUUUGACACUUUGAAAAAUGGGACAAGCAUCCGUACUGCGAUCAGUCUGUGGCCACAGGAGGCUCCACCUGAAGCAGCCGCCUCAUAAGAUGAGGACCAGGACCAGACGUUGCCAAAUGAUGCCUGAGACACACAACCUCCUCUCCACUGUGGUGACCUGCAAGAGGCACAUGAGACAAAUAAAAAGAAAUGAGAUUAAAAAAAAAAUACAGAUAUAAAUAGAUGUUAUCACAGAGGAGAGUCAACGAUACAGUAUUAAUGAUGUUUUUUGUAUAAUAUACGAACACUUCAAAUGUUUCCCUUUGCUUCACUUUGCAGUAAAUUACCUCAUUGGCCACUAGGUGGCAGUCUGAUGCCAUAUGAAGCUUCUAUACCUGUAUCCAUGAAAACCAUCUGACUUUAUAAAGACAUUUUCUAUCUGCAGAGACUUCUGACUAUAUAUAUAUAUAUAUAUAUAUAUAUAUAUAUAUAUAUAUAUAUAUAUAUAUAUAUAUAUAUAUAUAUAUAACAUUAAAGCAUUUACUGUAACAUCAAGACAAAUGAUCUCUUCGUCUCGGUGUCAAGCUGGCAGCUGCUGUGAUUCUGCUUCUGAUAUCAAUGUGAAGUGAUACUUGCAAUGGAAUAUCCUUGUAUAGAAGUAGAAGAGUAGAAGACACAGGAACUAAAUGUCUGAAUCUGUCAUCAGCAGUGGAGAAGUAUCUGCUUCAUGUGGCCAGGCUUACCAGAUUUCGCCCUUGGUAAUAUUAUAUAUUGAUUUAAAAGGGAGCCGGCGAGCAGGAGGAGGGCUGAAAUGACAGUUGUGGGCUGUCGGGACGGAAGACAAAAGGUUGUUCGGGGAAUGCCUCUCGCUGACGAGCUGAAAUAGCUGUUGAAGGAAUUUGUUUUAUUGAAGUUCCGCUCAGAUCAAAUGAACACAUUCUGGCAGUUUCCCCUGCUUUUCCAUCUUUGUUUAAAAUGGAAAAUAAAUUUCUGCUCUUCCUCUUA